AGUUACUGCACUUGGAGGCUGCUACUGAUUGGUACACAAGUCUGGAGCAAACAUUCUGGGAACUCCGAACUGUAGUAUCCAACCCCGGUUGGCCCUCUCCACCAUUCCACCCUCCUUCAGCAUUUUGCAUUUGCGUUUAUUGCAAAGAUGUUCGAAGUGGGAUCUACAGUCCCCUCUCGACGUCCCUGAUUUCCAUAUUAUACCUCUGUUCCUGGACCCUGUGAUGUUGCCAAAGAUCGGAUUCUCUGAUUAUCACCUCGACGUUCGGAUACCAUCUGUUGGCGGUGUUGUCGCCAGUGCCAUGAUAUAUCCUUCAAACGUCUCGAUAUUUAAACAUUAACACAGGGAAAAGUGCCCACCUCUUGCGGGUCACUGUGAUCGGACCCUUUGAUAUUCAGAGACCACGCAGUGUGCUUGCAAAACCGUGCUGCCUGCCAGAUACACCAAAGGCAGCAGCAUCAUACACUCUCUCACGGCCGCUUGACUGAUCAAUGAAAAGGCGUUGGUGGCAUAAAUCAUGAUGUUGACCGGCAUUCCUAACACUCCAACUGUGUUUGUACAGGCCCUUGGCCUCCCUCAGCCAUCGGUAUUCAGCAAACGGCGGGCCAACUCCUGCAAGCCUUGCCGUGACAGCAAGUCCAGAUGCUCUGGAGGCAUGCCCUGUACAACGUGUCAAAAGAAGCGUGACAAGCCUGAAUGCUUCUACCUUACUUCCUUCCCAAGGAAUCAACCUAGGCAAGUCCAUGACUCGGAACAUAGCCAUGGAGAGGCGUUCGGCAGCUGCCGUGGCGCCAAACAAGGGUCCGACAAGUUGGGUGCGGUCGAAGGAGCCCGUGGGCUCGCAACUCCGCAACAGAACUUCUGUGGGACUCUUUCGUUGUCCAGAAGCAUAGAUGAGUUCAAGUCUCUUCUGCCUACAAACGGGCGAUUCCGGGAGAUCUUGGACUCGAUUCGUCCUGUCCAGGUCUUCAAGUUGGAAGGUCACGCCAUUGACCUUGAACCGGCGACGGACCGGGCCCUCACCAGCCGACCAGAAGACGACCCCGACGUCGAGUUGCCGCCUCGUCUUCUGCCACUCUAUAAGAAGUAUAGGUCUGUGCGAGAUUUACUCUCUGCUGGAAAAGCAACGCAGGCCUGGGCUGCUUUUCCGGGCCUCGUCCGUGAUGCAGAAAUUCUCGGUUUGGACAUAGAUAUGAGCCUUGCCACACCUGAGGCUGAUAAGGAUUCACAACCUGGGCGCUAUCUCUGCUGGCUGCUCGUCGACCUCGAUGUUCAGCUGAGCUUUCUCUUGGGUCGCUGUCCUUUUAUUGCCCCUUUUCAUGGCAUUCCCCGGCCAAUCCCAACCGCCUCGCGGCAAGAAGAACAGGACCUACAGGAGAACGUCUAUGACUUCUCACAGUACAUGAUUGAAGUAUUGGAUCGCUUCAACCGUGGCAAGAAUGACCCGCAAAUGAUGUCUUCCCAGGAGAGGGAGAGCAUGUUAGAAGCGGACCUGAGUCGACUGUACCAACUGCAGUCGAAGCUGCCGCCCAUUCCUCAAAACGGCGCUUCUGACACUUCGCUAUCCAUUGCAAUUACCCAACACCACAUUGACGUCCAACUGAUGCUGAUGGUGCUGCAUUGCCAGAUGUUGCGGUCGAUGCGCAAUCAGCACACCUCAGCCAAAAGAGCUAAAUAUAGGGAGUUGUUGAAGUGUUCUCGAAUGGUUACUGAGAUGUUCGACUCGAUCCAUAGCCUCGACCCGACCGAGACCGCUUCAUCCUGGCCGCGGUGUUUUGGUGUCUUUUGCGCCGCUGUUAUGUUGGGCAUUGCUACCAUCCGCCAGGAGGUGGGUGUGAGCAUAGGAUCAAAGCGGGUAGAGCGAACCCUAGGAAUCUUCAAAGAUCUGGCGAAAGCUGGACAGGCCUCCGGAGUUGCGGAACUGGCCAAGAAGUCCCUCGAUCUGGUUGUCGAAAGAAUCCGAGAGCUUGAACACCCUCCCACCAGCGCGACGGGUCUGACCAUUGGGCCGACUGUGACUUGCCCGACAACACCCACUGGAGAAGUUACACCUCCGGCCGCACCUCUGACUGAUCUGUCGGCCAAGGUAAGGAGGAAUGUCGCCGGCCUGAAGCGUCGCAGAAGACCAAGUCUCGAGGGGAAGUUGGGUGCCAACAAACGACAAAUGUUCGAGUUUAAGGACAUAGCUCCGUGCAACUUGGAGCAAAGACGUGCAAGUUGGCAUCCCGGUACAGAGCAUCACUACGCUCAAGCCAUGGCAGCCUUCCAUGAUCCAUCUGCCAGCAAUGCCCAGAACCGACCUGAGUCGCAGAGCUUUCAGGACAAAUGUCCUCCACUAGCUGUUUCGACCUCGUUCGCAGCGCCUGAUCAACGAGCAAUGUCCAGUGUGGGAUUUGGUUCGGCUCCACUUGAGCACUUCCACGAGUUCCAGGCGGCCCAUCACUGGGUGCAUCCUCCCAUGAUGUACCAUCCGCCCAUGUACGAUGAUUGGUGGCAAGCUCAAUUCACUCCUUAUGAUACGAUGACCCCUGACCAUUCUCGACAAGCGUUCUUUGAGUCGCCACUGGGUCUGCCCAUGGACCAAACCCGCCAUCUCGAGUCCACCCCGCGCGGCGGUGAGCACGCUGGCUUUGCUCACCUUAAGCAAGAAGCGGCGGUUCAUCACGACCCCGGCAUGGUGAUGAAUACCUCGAUGGUGCGCUCGCUGUGCUCCACGCAGGCCGUAUAAAUCCAAAAGAUUCAGGGUCGGGGCAGAGGGGCAAGCGGUAGACAUCGCUUGGACAGUGACCCAGCCUGACCGGGCCCGUUCCACGGGCCCCCCUUCGGAGAUGGAUAUCAGGACACUGUAUUUGUUGGUUCUUCAUCUCCUGGUCGUCGUUGAGCGAUCCAUAUAUCAGCCAAGCAGACACAGAUGCUGGCAAUAGCAGACACAGAGGCUAACGUCAAGAAAGAGUUAUGAUGUGAACACGGGCAGCGUUGAUGGGUAUGUAGCGUAUGUAUUCCGCGAGUUUAGCUAUGUAUGUAGGUACUGGUCUAGGAUAUUGCAAUAGCAUUCUAUGUCUCCAUG